CACUUUCUUCAUUCUCCUUCCUAAUUUUUGCAAUUUUCAAUUCUCUCUCUCUGUUUCUCUCCGGAUUCGAUGAGACGCAGCAGCACAGCAGAAGAGGAGCUUAACCAGAAAUAACGACUAGAGGGAGGGAAGAAGAAAGAGCAAUGGGCAAGUACAUGAGGAAGACGAAAGCCACUGGUGACGUGGCAGUGAUGGAAGUCUCGCAGGCCGCCUCUCUCGGGGUUCGCACCCGAGCCAAAACCCUAGCUCUCCAGCGCUCCACCACCUCCUCCGCCUCCUAUCUCCAGCUCCGCAGCCGCCGCCUCCAGAAGCACCCGCCGAUUCUCCCGCCUCGAGAGCCCCGCAGGCAGAAGCACCACCACCACCACCACACUCCCAAACAGCCAACGCCGGAAAACCCUAACCCACCCGCCGACGACGGCUCGCCGGAACAGGAGGAGUCGCCGGAAGAGGAGCAGAAUAAUAAUGGCGAAAAUGGUGAUUUCGGUGAUGCUGAAGAAGCUUCGUUCGGAGAGAAUGUGCCCGAGUUUGAAGGUAGAGAGAGAACCACAAGGGAAUCUACACCUUGCAGCUUGAUAAGGGAUCCAGACACCAUCAGAACCCCUGGUUCUACUACUAGGCCUACUAAUUCAGCUGAUGCUAACCGGAGAAUACAGAACUCAUCACAGAGACACAUACCAACAGCACAUGACAUGGAUGAGUUCUUUGCUGGUGCUGAAGAAGAGCAGCAGAAGCAAUUCAUUGACAAAUACAACUUUGACCCUGUGAAUGAUAAGCCGCUACCAGGACGUUAUGAAUGGGAGAAAUUGGAUCCUUAGAAGACACACUAGCACUCUGUGAGGGCUUCCUUUCCUCCCCAUUCUGGGUUGAUCUUGGGCUUAGGAUAUCUAAACUAGCAGGUUUUAGUUUUAGUAGUUGUGGUGAUGGUGCUAUUUCUAUUUUCCAUUGCCCUUCUUUUACUUGUAAAGAAGUAGGACUGGCUAAGAUGUGUAGACUAAUGGUCUGUAACAUAACAUAUGUUAUGAGUACACAACAGAUACAAAUCAAAGUCCUUUGUCUAACAGAUCAUGUGAGGAAGGGAAUUAAAGAGGGUUCGGGAUGUAGUAGGGUUUAGGGUUUAGGGUUAGGCUGAGUCGAUUAGGUGGUCAAUCUAUGUGGUACAGAAAAUUACUUAGAUUGGCCCUCUUUUUCUCUUGCACUGUACUUUCUUCCUCCCUUCUUUGUCUAUACUUGUACUGAUGCAACUUUAGUGAAACUCCUGGAAUAAAUAUGACCCUUUUUCCCUCA